AUGGAACAUAUGCGACGAAAGGAUAACUACGACGAUAUAGUAGAGUGGAAUAGAAACGAGCAGACUUUCUUGUUCAAGGUGAAUUCAGUUUCAUGUCAAUGUCAUCGCCUGUCUGUUGGUGUUGGCUGUUGCCGCCCAAGCUCAAUUCUUCGGAUAUGGCGGAUACUACGGAUACUACGGUGCCUAUCCGUUCGCUUGCCUUCGGGCCACUACGCCGGAAUCCCCGCAACUGUCGCCGUCCCCGCCACCUAUCCCGGCUCUUACGGCACCCAGUACCACUCCCAGGACGAGUUCGACAAUUAUGAUUACAGCUACAAUAAUAUUAAUUCCGGACAAGCCCCCAGCAACCUGCGUGACGGUUUCGGCAACCAGAUCGGCAGCUACGCUUACAUCGACCCGGAAGGCAAGAAAGUCCGUGUCUCCUACACCGCCGACUCCCGAGGCUUUCGCGUCAAAUUCAACGACUUGCCCGUCGCUCCCGCCCAGAUUGAAGACAGCACACCCGAGGUGGCCGCUGCCAAGGCGGAAUUCGCCGCUAAAUUCGCCGCCGCCAAGGCCGGCCGUGCUAAGCGCCAAGUCUUUGGCUUCGGAGCUGCUCCAUUUUCUUACCCCGGCUAUGCUGUUUCCCCCUAUGCCUAUUUGGUUGCCGCCCCAGCUAUGCCCGUCCGUGAGGCCACUUUAACCAAGGUCAUCCACAUCCCUGGCCACGCAGUCUCUUACCGCGUCGACUAAAUUUUUGUUAAAUAGCAUCUGAAACUUUUUUCGCAUUCUUUUUCUUGUAUCCUUUAUAGGCCUAAUUCUG